UAUGAGAAGCUAAUCAGAUGGCUCCAUGUGCUGUUCUUGUUUGGUACAAAGGACCUUUUCCUUAGUUUAAUGAAGAGAAGCCCCACAUCCCUGUUGGCAAGAAGCUUCUCAGAAUACAUUGAUGACUAAACAAGAGCAUAUAAUAUGUCAUUUCCCAUUAAAAAAGCUUCCUCUGCACUCUCUUUAGCCUAUCAAUACAAGGCUUUAAAAGGGCUCCGGCUCUUUGCGUCCUUACAGCAACACCCUCUCCCUUCAGGUUUUUGUCAGACUUCAUAUCCAUUGAUUCUCCCUAGAUUUCAUAACCAUGUUCGAGUCUACAGUAGAACUGAUCGUUCAGGCUGCUUCCAAUUCUCUUGUGAUCUUCUGCUUUUGCAAUCUGAUCAUUGUCAUGAUUCUCAUGGGCUCAAAGCCUGUCUCUAACUUUGGUCAAGAAAGCGAAAUUCCCCAGUCAAUGGUCACCAAGACACACACAAAGGUGAAAGAAGAUGUUCUGGCCAUGCCUUCACUUGAUGAAAACAAGAAGCCUUCACUGGAUGAAGACAAAAUGUCAACGGACGACGGGAGAGUGUCAAUUACCCUGGAAGAACCCACUGGCGACGACGAUGAAGAAGAGAAUGGAAAUGAUAAUGAAGAGGAUGAGGAUGAGGAUGAGCUGAGGAGAAGAGUUGAAGAAUUUAUCAACAAGGUCAAUCAUGGAUGGAGGGCAGAAUUAUCAAGGCACCAUGUUUAGCCUUAGAAGUAACUUGAUAGGAGUUUAUGAAGGGUUUGGUCAAUAACUUAGAAAUGUGACACUGCUUGAGUUUGUUCUGAUCAUCAUCUUCUCUCCACGUUAUUGUACAUGUCUAGUGAUGAUGAUACAACUCACUGAGAAAAUUUUGAUUGCAAUGGUGGAAAGAAAUAUCAGAACAUCACUGUUAAGAAAAAUGAAAAUUACUCUUCCACUGCAA